AUGUCCAUCCCCGACCCACCUGCAUGGGCCCCAUCCAACGAUGUAGAAGGAUUCAGGCAGCAGUAUGAGGCCGACUCUGCCGAAUUAUUCAACAACAUCGCCGCCCUCGUCCAGCGCGUCCGCUUCCAGAGGGACACCCUUCAUACACAAUGUACCACCGCCAAUGAAACCAUUGACAACCUCGAGGAGCAGGUAAUCCGGCUCAACCUCGACCUCAAUGUCGCCCGUGCCACCCCCGCCUCUACCGUCACUGUCCCCAUUGCCGCUGCCCCCCCACGUGCUACUGUCCCCGCCUUCAGGUCCGAAAAGUUUCCAGACCCCGAAAAAUUCGAUGGCACCUGUACCAGGCUCCCCGGAUUUACAACCCAACUUCGAAUGAAAGUCGAAUGGCUUGGAGGAAAGGCCCUUGAUCAGGUCGUUCCACUCGUUAACGCUAACCCUGCCGCCCCCUUCUCCUCCGUUACUGCCUUCGUUACACACCUGGAAGCCUCGUUUGGAGACCCAGACCCCCGGAGUACCACCCGUCACCAACUCGUCGCCCUGAAGCAAGGCAAAGGGGACUUUGCCACCUACUACUCGCAGUUCCUCCGUAUUGUGGUAUACCUGGACUACAACGAGGGAGCCAAUAUCGAUACCCUGGCCAAAGGACUGUCGGAUGACUUGAAGGAUGCCAUGACAUACCGGACAGACAGGCCUAACACCGUCGAAGCAUAUUCUACCAUGUUGAUGACAAUUGACAACCAGGUUCGGAGCCGUAAAGCUGAACAACGGGCUAUUCAGAAUACUAUGGGACAAUUUACCGCCCCCACCGCUGUCGCACACCCAUCUCACACCACCGAAGACCUCGCCCCAAUGGAGCUCUCCACCUUUCAAGCCUGCCCCGCUCAACAUCCUACCAUCGAACAACGAUACACCUUCAUCAAUGGGCAACGUAAAACCUCUGCUGUUGAAAAACAAUGGCGAAGGGACAAUAACCUUUACAUGUACUGUGCCAACCCUGGCCAUGUCUUCGUCAACUGCCCCUCUGCCAAUCGCCCGCGUGAUAAUCAACCAGUUAUGAGGGGUGCCCUCCUCGUACGCGCUCAUAAUGCCGACGACCCCGUUACCCCACCAAUCGCUAUCCCGGGCUCGACUAAUGGCCCCUGCCUGGGACCUUCUAAUGUUUCUCCUUUGUCUGCGUUCUCUAUCUCUGGCUUCUCGGUAUCGUCUGAGGAGGAUAAAUUGGAUGGCGAUCAUUUUGUUGCUUCUUGUAAAAUUGUAAACAAUAAAAUACCCAUUCAAACCUACGCAUUAAUUGAUACCGGCUGCUCCGGGUUCGCAUUCAUUGAUGAAACAUUCGCUUGCCAUAACAACCUUCCAUUUCUUCCCCUUAAAUCACCCCGUACUCUCGAAGUCAUCGACGGGCAGCCCACAUCCUCCGGACAGAUUACCCACCUCUGCUACCUACCGUUAUCAAUCGACUCCCACCAUGAAAGUAUCCCCUUCUUCGUCACCAAACUCGGUUCAUACCCACUAGUACUCGGAAUUCCUUGGCUCCAACUACACGAUGCCACAUUACGGUUUAAGGACAAUAGUAUACUGUUCGACUCCGAAUACUGUAAGCGUAAGUGCAACUCCCCUGCCAUACCCGUUCCCAUUAGAGGGAUCACACCACCACCCCGUUUCCACCUCAUCAGUUCAGCUGCUCUCUGCUGCUUCGCUCGGAGGGACAAACUCCAAAUCUUCAGCACCACUAUCAAGGAAAUAGACCAAGCGAUGGGUGAACCCCUUAAGAAAGACUGGAGAAACCGAGUUCCAACCCGAUAUAAGAGGUUCCAUAAGAUGAUGGACGAGAAGUUCGCUGACGAGAUGCCACUUCGCCGUCGCUAUGACCAUCAAAUACCGCUCAAGGAGGGAAAAGAACCCCCGUUUGGGCCACUUUAUGGUAUGUCCCGUGAGGAGCUCAUCGUGCUUAAGCAAUACAUACAGGACAACCUCCAAAAAGGCUUUAUUCAGAUCAGUUCUUCACCUGCCGGUGCCCCUGUUCUAUUUGUUAAAAAAGCCGAUGGAACACUCCGUCUCUGUGUCGAUUAUCGUGGCCUCAACGGACUUACUGUAAAAAACCACUAUCCGCUGCCACUCAUCCGGGAAACUCUUGACCGCCUCUCCAAAGCCAGGUGGUACACCAAGCUUGACCUUCGCCAAGGGUAUAAUCAGAUCCGAAUGGCUAAGGGUAAAGAAUGGAAAACAGCAUUCCGUACGCAUUAUGGACAUUUCGAAUAUACGGUGAUGCCCUUCGGCCUUACCAAUGCGCCGGCCACCUUCCAACACUUUAUUAACGAUUGCGUCCGUGACUACCUUGAUAUGUUCUGUACAGCCUAUCUUGAGAAUAUUCUCAUCUACAGCGACACCUUCGAGGAACAUCAAGUCCACGUCGAAAGGAUCUUGGAAGCCCUACAAAGAAAUAGAGUACUGCUGAAACCAGAGAAAUGCGAAUUUCAUACCCAAAGCACCACCUACCUCGGCCUCAUCAUCGAACCCAAUGGCAUUAAAAUGGAUCCAAGGAAAGUGGAGACAGUGAAGAAUUGGACCGUCCCCAAAACGGUUAAGGAUGACAUAUCGUUCAAAUGGACACCCAGAGCUCAAACUGCCUUCAACGCCUUGAAAGAAACCUUUACCACCGCUCCCAUCCCUACCCAUUUUGACCCCGAGAAAGAAAUUACCGUGGAAACCGAUGCAUCCGACUAUGUCUCUGCCGGUGUACUCUCCCAAUAUGAUGAUAAUGGUACCCUUCAGCCCAUUUACGAUAAGGAAUUACUGGCGAUUAUUCGAUCCUUCGAGGAAUGGCGACCGGAACUCGAAGGGACUGCACACCCAAUCGCCGUCAUAUCCAAUCAUAAGAAUCUCGAAUACUUUAUGAGUACAAAACAACUCAACCGGAGACAAGCCCGGUGGGCGGAAUCAGGAGAUCUCCCUGGAGAGGGGGAUGAAAGACAAUUACACCAGAGCCAAGUUGUAUUGAAGAGGGAUAAUCUUGAUGUGAAGCUAAGUUUGUUGGCGGGUUCUUUCUCAAACGAGCCCGCUGAAAAGAACGCCUCACUGUGUGGACUAUUCGAUGAAGGAUAUAGCUCUGACCCGUGUCCACAAAGGAUACUGGAUAUGCGGAACAAAGGCGAGCGACAAUCAAAGGACAUAUCACUCGCCGAAUGCACCGAAGUUGAAGGCUGGUUGCUUUACCGAGGUAGUAUAUAUGUACCCGACUACGAACCUCUCAAGCUCCGAAUCCUCCAACUCUACAAUGAUGCUGCCUCCGCCGGACACCCUGGAUGCGAAAAAACAUUCGAACUCAUCAGUCGAGACUACUACUGGCCCCUUAUGCGGAAUUAUAUUGCCCGCUAUGUUCGGAACUGCCACACCUGUCAACGAAGCAAACCCAAGACCCAUGGAAAACUAGGCACACUUCGAUCUUUACCGAUUCCCGAACAACCAUGGCAGGAAGUAUCGAUGGACUUUGUUACUGGCCUACCGGAGAGCGAAGGGUACGAUGCAAUUAUGGUGGUUGUUGACCGGUUAACAAAGAUGCGACAUCUCCUGCCCUAUAAUACCACUGUCAACUCCGAAGAUGUCGCCCAACUAUAUUUGCGGAACAUAUGGAAGCUCCACGGACUACCCACACAUGUCACCUCCGACCGCGGUACGCAAUUUACAGCCAAGUUCUGGAAGGCUCUCUGUAAACACCUCAACAUCGAAGCAAGAAUGUCCACUGCCUUCCACCCAGAGACCGACGGCCAAACUGAAAGGCUGAACGCCGUAAUGGAACAAUAUCUACGUGGGUAUGUCUCUUAUCAACAGGACGAUUGGGUAAAAUGGCUCCCUAUGGCAGAAUUCUCCGCCAACAACCAGCUUGACAAGACCCUACCAAGCCUUAAUGCUAAAGACUUCGCCUUGAAGAUGAAAGAACUCCACGAAUACCUACGUACGAACAUCCGUAUGGCGCAAGACCAACAAGAACAGGCCGUCAAUGCCAAACGAACGCCAGCUCCACGGUAUGGCAUUGGCGAUAUGGUGUUUGUUUCAGCAAAAAACAUCCGAACCACCCGUAACUCUCGGAAGUUGGAAUGGAAGAAACUGGGACCAUUACCCAUCAAGGAAAUCAUAUCGCCGUAUGCGUACCGAAUCGGCAUGCCUAGGGGUAUGAAGGUGCACCCUGUCUUCCAGGUAUCGUUGCUAAACCCGGCUGCAAAUGACUCCAUGCUGGGACGAACUCAACCACCAGCUCUACCUAUUAUCGCCGAACUCGAAUAG